CACAAUCUGGUGCCAGCAGUUCAACCCUGAGUUCAACGAAGCAACGAAGGGGUUAAUGUAAUCCCUAGCUGAACAUGGGCGGAGACUCCAGCUGGGACGCAAAGCGGACAAACCGAAGAGGCAACACUCAAAUCUGGAAGAGAAAAUCGCUGCUGGAGUUGUAUUUAUUUUUCUAUUUUGGGCCUUUCUCGUUUCCACUUCACCUCUGCACAGUGUUUCUGAACGGCAUCGGACCGAAGAGGGCCAUGAAAUCGAUGGGAAGGUUUUGGAGUUGCUGUCAGCUAUGGGUUAAGUAGUCAAGACACGGAAGGCUGAAGCUGUAGAGGCGUCCAAAAAGAGAAACUCAAGGAGCGGAUUAGCAGGACCUUUUCCCCUUUCAGAAUACUAUUAAAACAAUGGAAACAUCUCCCUACAUUUACUCGGAUUCUUCACCAUGAGCCGAGAAUAAGCGCCUCGGCGGAGCUGCGAUGGUCUAAACACACUUACUGCUGUGGUUUGCACACAUCAACAGGACUAACCCCAACUGGAGGUCUGAUGGUGGGGUAAACCGGUGUCAGCUGCGAAUAGAGACUCGAAUCUGGUUCCAGAGCACUGAUAAACACGCCGAGUGGCACCAUGUGGAGCCCGGGGACGCGGAUGUGGCGAGCGGCUCUGUGCUGCAUGCUUCUGGAAACAUUUGUGCACACUGCGAGAGGUCUUAACGUGUGUGUGAGUGGCAGCGCGACCUCCUGUGAAGAAUGCCUUCUGAUUCACCCCAGUUGCGCCUGGUGCGCACAAGAGGAGUUUGGGAGGGGACGGACUCUGACAUCCCGAUGUGAUUAUAGUCAAAACCUGCAGAAGAGGGGCUGCGAGGCGCGGUUCGUUGAGUACCCCACCAGCAGCAUCUCUGUCCUGCAGAACGUCCCCCUGAGUUCUAAAGGGUCCGGGUUGACGCAGUAUGGCGUCGUCCAGAUCAUGCCUCAGAAGAUCUCUCUCAGCCUGCGGCCAGGAGACCAGACGUGGUUUGGGCUGCAAGUGCGGCAGGUGGAGGACUACCCAGUGGACCUCUACUACCUGAUGGACCUCUCUCUUUCCAUGAAAGACGAUCUGGACACCAUCCGUAACUUGGGUACCAAGCUGGCUCUAGAGAUGAGCAAGCUCACCAGCAACUUCAGGCUGGGCUUUGGCUCCUUUGUGGACAAAAACAUGUCCCCCUUCUCCUACACCGCAUCCAAGUAUCAGGAGAAUCCAUGCAAUGGAUACAAACUGUUCCCCAACUGUGUCCCCACCUUCGGUUUCCGCCACAUCCUCUCACUGACGGAUAAAGUGGACCGUUUUAACGAGGAGGUGCAGAAGCAGAUGGUAUCUCGCAACCGGGACGCGCCGGAGGGCGGAUUUGACGCCAUCCUGCAGGCUGCUGUUUGUAAGGAGGAGAUCGGCUGGAGAAAGGAGGCCUACCACCUGCUGGUGUUCGCCACCGACGUGUCCCCCCCUCGCUCUGGACGGCAGGCUGGGAGGCCUCGUCCAGCCGCACGACGUUCAGGAAAGAUCAAUUGGCCAUGUCGUGAUAAUGGACUCCAAUCUGCCAAGGAUGCAGCAGAGAGGCUGCAUGGCUGCUGCAUGCAAGGCCAUUACUUUACAUGUGGAGCCACCCCACAAGCCAUUGGUGAGAGCCAGGCCUCGGCCUCAUCAGUGGAUCUGAGUUUUCACACCAUGCUGAGACUGGACUCACGCACUGAAAGAAAGCUUCGAUUCCUGAUGUCGGAGCUGACGCAGCGCCACCCGGACGUGGAAAGGCAGCGGAUUGUGGAUGCGCUGAUGGAGCUGAAGGCCGAGCACCAGGGCGUCCUCAGCGGCCUGCCCCUCAGGACCAUCCGGGAGAUGACGUCCGAGCUUCUGACCACGCCGGCGAGCGACGCAUCACAGGAACUGCGAAUAGAGACUCGAAUCUGGUUCCAGAGCACUGAUAAACACGCCGAGUGGCACCAUGUGGAGCCCGGGGACGCGGAUGUGGCGACGGCUCUGUGCUGCAUGCUUCUGGAAACAUUUGUGCACACUGCGAGAGCUGGCUCUAGAGAUGAGCAAGCUCACCAGCAACUUCAGGUGGGCUUUGGCUCCUUGUGGACAAAAACAUGUCCCCCUUCUCCUACACGCAUCCAAGUACAGGAGAAUCCAUGCAAUGGAUACAAACUGUUCCCCAACUGUGUCCCCACCUUCGGUUUCCGCCACAUCCUCUCACUGACGGAUAAAGUGGACCGUUUUAACGAGGAGGUGCAGAAGCAGAUGGUAUCUCGCAACCGGGACGCGCCGGAGGGCGGAUUUGACGCCAUCCUGCAGGCUGCUGUUUGUAAGGAGGAGAUCGGCUGGAGAAAGGAGGCCUACCACCUGCUGGUGUUCGCCACCGACGAUGUCCCCCACCUCGCUCUGGACGGCAGGCUGGGAGGCCUCGUCCAGCCGCACGACGGCCAGUGCCACCUCAACGAUAAGAACGAGUACAGCGCUUCUGAAAAGAUGGACUACCCCUCUCUGGCUCUCCUGGGGGAGAAACUGGCAGAAAACAACAUCUUUCUCAUCUUUGCAGUGACAAAACGGCUGUACGUUAUUUAUAAGGAUUUCACUGCACUCAUACCUGGAACUACAGUCGAAAUCCUGGACCAGGACUCCAAGAAUGUAAUCCAGCUGAUCAUCGCAGCGUACAAUAACAUCCGCUCCAAAGUGGAGCUGUCCGUGUGGGAUCACCCAGAGGACAUCAGCCUCUCCUUCACCGCCACCUGCCAGGAUGGAAAGCCGCUGCCAGGCCUCAGGAAGUGUGCCGACUUGAAGAUAGGAGACACUGUGUCGUUCAACGUGAGUGUGGAGGCGAGGAGCUGCCCCCCCCGCGGCACCGACCAGAGCUUCACCAUCAAGCCGGUGGGCUUCAAAGAGCGUUUGGAGGUGUCGGUGGAUUACCAGUGUGACUGCGGCUGCAGCCGGACCGCACAGACCAACAGCAGCAUCUGCAGCUCCAUAGGUACGUAUAACUGUGGGACUUGUCACUGUGAGCCGGGCUACCUGGGCGCCCGCUGCGAGUGCCAGGAGGGCGACGCCAGCAGCAUGUACAUCAGCGCCUGCAGGGAAGCCGAGGGCAAGCAGAUCUGCAGCGGGCGAGGAGAGUGCAGCUGCAACCAGUGUCUCUGCUACGAGUCGGAGUUCGGCAAGAUCUACGGCAGCUACUGCGAGUGUGACGACUUCUCCUGUGCCAGACACAAAGGCGUCCUCUGCUCAGGUCACGGAGAGUGUCACUGCGGGGAGUGUAAGUGCCACGCCGGUUACGUUGGCGACAACUGCAACUGCUCCACAGAGACGUCGUCCUGCAUCGCAGACGACGGGCAGAUGUGCAGCGGGCGAGGGAACUGUGUCUGCGGCCGCUGUCAGUGCACCGAGCCGGGAGCCUUCGGAGACACCUGUGAGAAGUGUCCCACCUGCCCCGAUGCCUGUGGCACUAAAAGGGGAGGUAUCGAGUGCGGCUUUUCACUCGGCGGCUUGCAGACACACAACGCCAGCGCUGUGCAAGGCAUGAAAUCAUCAACAGUGGAGAAACUCAAAACGGAGGAGCCAGGCGCUGUGCUUUGUCUGUACAAGACCGAUAACGAUUGUGUCAUGAAGUUCACGUACUCCGAGCACGCCAGUGGACAAUCCGUCCUCACGGCUCUAAAAGAACCAGAGUGUGGUGGUGGGCCCGACGCUCUGAUGGUGCUGCUGGCGGUGGUCGGCAGCAUCCUGCUGGUGGGCGUGGUGCUGCUCGCUGCCUGGAAGUUGGUCAUCACCAUUCAUGACCGGAGGGAGUUUUCGCGCUUCCAGAGUGCACGCUCACGAGCCCGAUACGAGAUGGCCUCCAACCCUCUGUACAAGCAGCCUGUCUCUACACAUUUCGUAGAAACCGAUUUCAACAUGUACGGGAAGUCCUUCAACGGGGGGGUCCACUGAUCCCUCAGCACGGGGCGCGGCAGGACCGGUCCGACCAACAGAUCCCCGGGGGACGACGGACUCACCACGCCCAUCCCUCUGCACGGUUCACACCUGAUAACAGACGUGAAAGGAACUAGACUGUGGCCGAAGGGUUGGGGG